ACAGUCCGGUCCCUACCGACGCAGUUGUAGAGGGCGCCCAGCCCAGCCCAGUUCAGUUCUGCCGAGAGUAUGUCAGACGACAGACAUUCACGUCUGCUGGAAAGAGAAAAUUAAUCGUCUGCAAUUCUCGAGCCUGAUAUGACGUCAUUUAAACACUAGCUUUGAAAAAGAUUUUGUGUUUAAUUUCGUUCAAACAGUUAACCACUGGAACAACUGCAAGGCCUAACUGUCUCGCAAAACGAUGUCCAGUAAUGACGAGUCUAGCGGGGGCCCCGACAAACACGGGGCCCCGCCAGCUAAUGGGACCUCACCUACAUUGACCCUUGAAGUACCGACACAGUUCAUCCGGAAAAAUUCCUCUUCCUUGUAUCUGAAUGUCCGCUCACCACUCAAGAGAGACCGACCGUGUGUUGAUGGUAGCAAGGAUGGAACUGAUGGUGACAGUUAUUUUGCUUUUGGUGACGUGGAGUACGACCCCGCAGACAGAGUGCAGACCCUGAUCAACAAAGUGAGGGACCCCAAGCACAAAACAAAACAGCUGUUCGUUGAGAUGGACGUGCUGGCCCAGAGAGGGGAGGACUUUGAAUGGAGGGAGUGGGCCAGGUGGGUCAAGUACGAGGAGAAGGUGGAGGCGGGAGGAAAGAGGUGGUCCAAACCUCAUGUGGCCUCCCUCAACAUGCACUUCCUGAUGGAGAUGAGGAAACAGAUUCUAGAGGGAGUCUUCAUCAAGGACUUGGAGUGUUACUCUAUAUCCCAGGUCAUAGACCAGCUGCUGGACGCCUGGACCGCCAACGGGACCUUGACCCCCCUACUGAGGCGCCACCUGAGGGCGCUGUGUCUGAAGCGCCACCGCCACCGCCACGAGAAGGGCAGGCCAGAAGACAAGAAGAAAAACCAGAAGCGGAAAGAUGGCGAUCUCAAGGCCAGUCCGUCAGUGGCAGGAGAGAUGAGUACUGUGGCCAGUGCUAUCAGCAUCAGCAGUGAGGCGGCCUUUGACAGUGAGAACAGCGAGGUCAGCCUCAGCUCCCUUGAUGACGAGGCUUCAAAGAAGAUCACCAACGACAGGUUCCUGAGGAAGAUCGCCAAGGGCAGUGAGGUGGCCAACGUCAUGGUGGCCGAGGUCGAGGACCUCAAGACGACCUUGUGUGGCCUGGUGCGUCUCAAUGAUGCUAGGGUGCUGGGGGACAUCUCAGAGGUCAACCUGCCCUCCAGAUUCGUCUUCCUCCUGCUGGGACCUAAGGGAAGUCUCCAGGACAACCAGGAGAGUGGGCGGUGCCUGUCCACCAUGUUUGUUGAUGAGGUAUUCCGUGAGGUGGCUUACAAAGCCAGAGAUGUUGACGACCUUGUGGCCGGCAUAGACGAGUUCCUGGAACAGCUGACCGUGCUACCCCCGGGGGAGUGGGACCCUAAGAUCAGGAUAGAACCACCAGACAAAGUUCCAGACCAGAAAUUCCGGAAGAUUCCAUCAAAAGCUCAACUUGCCGGACAUUCAGGGGGUGGGGGUCAUGAGGAGGAGAGUCACGUGGAUCCUGACCUGGUGAUAAGUGGACGUCCAUUUGGUGGCCUAUGGAAUGACAUCAAGCGUAAGCUGCCCCAUUACGUCAGCGACUACACCGACGCCAUCCACAUCCAAUGUCUGGCAUCUUUUGUCUACAUCUUCCUGGCCACCCUGACGCCAAACGUCACCUUCGGCGGCAUGCUGGGACAGGAAACAGACCAGUACAUGGGUGUAAUGGAGUGUAUUCUUGCCGCGGCCGUGUCAGGUAUUAUCUUCGCCCUCUUCAGUGGUCAGCCUCUCAACAUCCUGGGCAGCACAGGUCCCAUGUUGGUGCUGGAGAAAAUCAUCUACACCUUCUGUAGGGACAACCAAUGGGAUUUCUUGCCCUUCCGGUUCUGGAUCGGUAUUUGGACGGCCGGCAUGUUGCUGUUGAUGGUGGCCUUUGACUUGAGCGCGCUGGUCAGGUACAUCACACGCUUCACUGAGGAGAGUUUCGCUUCAUUGAUUGCGCUCAUCUUCAUCUACGAGGCCUUCAAGAAAAUGGCGGACAUUGCUGAAAUAGAAAAUCCUGUGCGGCUCCACCCUCCACCAUGGCCAGAAAAACCUCACUGUUUCUGUAACUACACACCACCUGCCGGUUGGAACAGUUCCAUGACGCCACUACCACUGGCCAACGAGACGUUCAAGGCACUGAACGAAACGUUCUGCGCCAUGAAGGCGUCAGAGACGGCCAACGCCACCCUGGAGGGGUCGCUAGCCUGGGCCUGCAAACCCCUCUACUUCGUGCCCGACGCCUUCAUGUUCUCCUGCAUCAUCUUCGCUUGCACGUUCUUCAUCGCCAUCUUCCUUGUCGACUUCAGGAACUGGCCGUGUUUCCCGUCUUUCAUCCGCAACAUCCUGGGCGACUUUUCCGUGCUGAUCGCCAUCUUGUCCAUGGUGGGUGUGGACGCCGCCCUGGGGCUCCCGACACCCAAGCUGAUUGUACCCAGCGAGUUCAAGCCGACAAAAUAUUACGCCCGUGGUUGGGUUGUCAACCCGAUAGGUGGCCCCAACCCCUGGUGGUUGGCAAUUGCAGCUGGCCUUCCAGCCAUAUUGGCCACCAUUUUGAUCUUCAUGGACCAGCAGAUCACCGCAGUUAUAGUCAACCGUAGGGAGAACAAACUAGUGAAAGGUAAAGGCUACCACCUGGACCUACUAGUGCUAGCCAUCCUAGUGGCCAUCCACUCUCUGCUGGGCCUGCCCUGGUACGUCGCGGCCACCGUCUCAGCCAUCGCCCACAUCAACUCCUUGAAGAAACAGUCUGAGAGCACAGCCCCGGGGGAGAGGCCGUCUUUCCUUGGCGUCAGAGAGAACCGAGUGACAGCCCUGCUUGUAGGUAUUCUCUCAGGAGCUGCCGUCUUCAUCACCAACAUCCUCAAGGUAAUUCCGAUGCCAGUGCUGUACGGUGUCUUCUUCUACAUGGGGUACUCAGCUCUCAGAGGGAUGCAGUUCAUUGACCGCAUCCUGCUGCUGAUGAUGCCUGUCAAGUACCAACCCGACCACAUCUACCUGAGACACGUGCCACUGUGGCGAGUCCACAUCUUCACCCUCAUCCAGACCAUCUGCCUGAUCGCCCUCUGGGUCGUUAAAAGUAUCAAGAGCAUCUCCAUUAUCUUCCCUCUACUGGUCCUGUUCACGGGGGUGGUGCGGAAGAUCUUGGAGGUCAGCUACACCCAGAACGAGCUCAAGUACCUGGACGACAUCCUGCCGCCCACCCGCUCCAAGAAGAAGGAGGAGAAGAAGGAUGACCUUGAGCAGAUCUCCCAUUCCAAGAUUUCAUCAAUCGUGGCAGACAACAGCUACCACAAGUUCAACGGAAACGGAAGCUUCAAUGACGUCAGCAACAAGGCCUCGUUCUUCAUCAGUGAAGAGCACCAAGAGAUGCCUCCAGCCUAG